AUGAACUACGACAAGUUAAAAGUAACGACUUCAACUAUGCCAGGUCUCUCAUCCACUAUCGGCAACUCGAUGUUUGUGAUGGUCCUUCGUCGGCGCCUGCGAGCCCUUUGCGACGGACAAACCAUCCUCUUACUGAAUACAGCCUUUUGUGAUCUCGGCAUCUCUCUCACGGGUUACCCUUACACCACCGUCAGCGCCUACGUCGGGAGGUGGAUCUGGGGGGAUACCAUGUGCCGGGUGUCUGGAUUUCUCUGUUUUACGCUCAAUGAGAUUCAGAUGAACACGUUGGUCUUCAUCGCCAUCUUUCGAUACGUGAUCGUUUGCCGUCCUCAAUUCCGACACCUGUUGACGAAUGACCUGGCCAAGAGGUGUCUGGUGAUCAUCUGGCUCUACUCCAUCCUCUGGACGGCCCCCCCACUUUUUGGGUGGUCCCGAUAUAUCAUGGAACCCUUCUCGGUUUCCUGUUCCAUUGACUGGCACGAUCGAAGUCCCUCUGGAAUUACGUACAGUCUUUGCUUGGUUGUGUUCUGCUACGUCGUUCAAGUGGCAAUGCUAGUCUUCUGCUAUCACGGGAUCCUCACCAAGAGCCGUAAGUUGCAACUUCGACAUCCUGAAACAGACCCGAAACUCAGCUUGCAAACCGAAGACGAUUUCGUAAAACCUUACAGCUUUAAAUGCUGCGACUGCAUAUGCGUUUGUGAGACUAACUUCGAAAAUGGGAUAGAGACGCAUGUAUUGAUGAUGAACCUCCUCAUGGUUGUGAGUUUCCUCGUCUUCUGGACCCCAUAUGCAGUCAUCUCACUGGUUUCCAUAUUCAAGUCGGAUCUCAAAGCAUUCUGGUAUACCUUCCCCACGAUCUUCGCCAAAACAUCCUGCAUGAUGAACCCGAUCAUUUACGGCCUAAGUCAUAAGCUGAUCCGGAGAGAGCUGAUUCGGUUCUUGAGAGCUUGCUGCUGCAACAACCGAGAGCAGGCCAAGAGGGAGUUUGAGGAGUCCCAAAAGCGCGUGGCUGAAGGUACCUACGACAAGGAGGGAAUCUACGUCGGGAAAGUAAAAGUAGGCCUGUGCGCCUGCAACGGAUGUGUGAUUGGACGACGUGAGAUGGCAGUGCUGGCUCGACUCCAGAAGAGCCCCGUCACCAGAUCCACGAACGGCGAGAACGACGUGAGCUCGGAAGUCAACACCUGCGCCAUAACCCUGGUGGACGACCUCCCUUCCAUCAACGGCCCUACCAAUUCGCAGAGGCAGUCGGAGGGUAAAGAAAACCGAGAAAAAUGCGACGACGAAGCCGUAGACGACGUCGGUAUGGUCGAAGUCAUCAUGAGCCCAAAGGGUUGGUCACCUUGCAGUCCCAAUCAGCAGGAGUCUUCCUUCAACACUGCCCAAAGUAACGGAGUGCAGAAACUGGACACUUCUCUCGAAAAUGGCCAUGAGGACAAGCCACAGGAGACCUCCGUGGGCGCCGAGAUCAUAAGGAAUUCAACGGCCCUCGAUGGCAAUGCAGACAUUGAAGAUGGACUCAGGAAUUCUCACGUGACAUUGCGUGAUAUGACCAACGCCUCAUCGGUCCAAAAUUCUGUUGCCUGAACAGAAGGCUGAACCUUUUCUUGUGUGCCGUCUAUUAUUCUCUGGAUAGCAUAUCAAUAUGACAAACUUAGCCAUCCCUAAAUGUACAAACAUUAAUUUUGUAACGGUUGGACCACUGCAUUCAUAAUUACAUCUCUCAGGGAGUGAAAGUCAUUCGUGAGGAGUAGACUGAAUGAUGGUAGGUUCCCUAUAGUUAUUCAUUGUGAUUCAUAAGGAUUUCAGCAGUACCUUUUCCUUCAUCUUAAAAACUCCAAGAUGUCGAAUCCAAACUCAAUAUAACAUCAAAUUGGAAUAUUCCACACUUAAGUAAGUGCUGGAAAGCGUUCUUCUUGCAAGCUUAGAGCAAAAUAACGAAUGAAAUCACAAGAAAUACAAAAGAUAUUGAUGAAUUAUUCUUUACAUAAGAGGUUAACUAUGUUGUCACUGAGCUUUCGUUGUCAUCUGUCCGCUGUUCUUCUCUAAAUACUGGUGAAGUCUCGUAGUCGUCUGUCAGUGUCAGUCAUAUGUCCUCUACCUCAACCGAUGAAAAGACGCCUGUCACCUCCAUCCAAGUGUACAAGUUUCCUUUUCGAAAUUGAUUAGAUACAAAACCAGUCGCUCUACAUGUUUGUAACAUCCCGUUCCACAUACCUUUCAUCUUCAGCAUCAAAUCAUUCGCUUAAAGGGAGGUGUCCCACCCGUACUAUUUUAUAAGAAUAAUCUAUGUAUAUUGUAUGUAAAUAAAGACAAACACAUUCCAUUCUUUUCCGCACCAAUCAUUUCAAAGUUUAACCCAGGCACUUGCCAAUACACCUAGCAAAUACGCUUGCUAGUACACUUAGCAUAUUAUAUCUGUAUUUAGUGUUAUUUGUACAUAAGAAGGGGGUAUAAAGACUAACGUGAG